UCAAUGCAGCUACAAUGGGCUGUAUUCUCUCUCGUGUUCGUACCAUCUAUUUUAGCGUGCGCAUCUUACUCGGCAUCAUGGAAGAAGUAAGAGCCGAUCUCAAUGCGGCUCGGAUCCGCAUUUUGCGUCCGUCAUGGCCUAUCCCCAAUCCCAGUAUUUCCUUCUGGCAGCAAAACCCCAUUUACCCAGAACUAGUGAACGCUCAAUCGGCAACACUCCCUGAAUCGGCUGAUGUUGUCAUUAUUGGUUCCGGGAUCUCUGGCGCCAGCAUUGCUCAUACUAUUCUUACAUCACCUCGCUCGGAGAAAGAUGUUAGGGUGGUCGUGCUCGAAGCCAGAGAAAUUUGCAGCGGCGCAACGGGGAGGAACGGGGGCCAUAUCAAGUUUCCCCCAUAUGCCGUCUAUGCCGGAUAUAGAGGGAGAUUUGGGGUUGAGAGAGCAAAGAAGCUCCUCGCAUUCGAACGAAGGGCACUUCCGCUACUGGUUGACUUUGCGCAAAAAAAAAGAUUCACACACGCGGAAGUCCGAGAGGUAGAAACUAUCGACAUAUUCACCGAUGAGGCCAUGUGGAAGAAGGCGAAGGACAUGGUACACUUAUUACGGCAAGAUCUGCCUCACGUUGCGGAAGGCGUGGAGAUCCAUGAAGCGGAUGCUGGAUGCAAGAAGUUCGGAGUCAGUAAAGAACACUGCUUUGGUAUUAUAUCGUACCAAGCAGGGGCUCUUUGGCCGUACCGACUGGUCACUUCAAUUUAUGCAACCCUCUUGUCUACGUUCACGUCAACAUUCUCGGUUGAAACUAAGACCCCUGCCUUGGAAGUCAGGACCCAAAAUGAUAAGGAAAAACCAUUUCUAGUCUGCACUUCCCGAGGAGAAAUCGCAGCCAGACAUGUUGUACAUGCCACAGACGCGUUUGCCCCGACUUUGGUUCCUGGUAUCAGGGGAAAACUCUUCCCUAUCCGAGGACAUAUGACCGCCCAAAGGCCAGGCCAUAGGUUCCCGGACCAUGGUGGCUCACGGUCGUGGUCUAUCAUAAGUCGGAAAGGAUAUGAAUACAUCUCGCAACGCCCGGGCAAACCGUACCGUUCCGUCCCGGAAAUGGGCGGAGAGCUCAUGGUUGGCGGCGGCGCGGUUCAAUCCCCUGGAAGGGGCAUUGAUGAAUGUGGAGUCUGGCGCGAUGAUCAGAGUUGCAGUACCAUUGGUGCGUACUUGGAGGGUAUAUUACCUACCAUAUUUGGAAAAGACCACUGGGGUGAUGACGUCGACGGUUCUCGCACCAAACAAGCGUGGGUUGGUUGCAUGGGAUUUACGGCAGACGCUUUACCAUAUGUCGGGAAGCUGGAACCUGCGUUAACGGGGCGAGACGUCGACAGACUUGGUUGGACCUCUGAUAGCGAUCAUGGUGGUGACGGAAACGAAAGGAUCCGGCGGCCACCUCCCGCCGAAUGGAUAUGUGCCGGAUUUGGUGGAGAAGGAAUGGUGCUAGCGUGGCUGUCGGGUGCUGCAGUCGCACUGAUGAUACUAGGCGUCGAGGAUGAACAUUUCCAAGCUUCUCCCGGUCUUCCGGAGGGCAAAUUGAUGGACUGGCUGCCUGAGGAGUUCAUUUGCUUGAAAUCUCGAGUCGAUAGGUCCGAUGUCGUUGGCCUUUUUGAACUGCUCUAG